GGACGCGGGUGGCCCCGACGCCCCAUCGCUGCGCCCCUCCCGGCCUGGAGCCCACCAGGGCCCCGCCAGGCCCAGGAGAAGCUGCAGACGGAGGCGGCUCCGCAGGGCGGCGGGACCCGGGCUGACAGCGACCCGCAGCCCCUGCCGGGCCGCCCACACCCGCCCUGGGACUCCGCGGGGGACGCUGGUGGAACCGCUGGGCCUGGGUCUCCACUGCUGGCAACCGAACGGAUCGGCCCUCUGUGGAGCCGCAGGUGUGCGGGCGAGCGGUGCCCAUCCGGGCUGUGCCAGCAGGACCCCGGUGCCCGCGCCUCAGGCGCCCCUGGAGAAGGGACCUUCCCUUUGGGGUCGGUACCCAGAAAGGAGGGGCCUGCUGUCCGCGGAGCUCCUUGUUCUUGGGAUAACACAGCUCUGGCUUGGAGGCCCCCUUGCACUUCGACUCUGGACUUCAGGGCCACAGGUGCUGCCAAGAUGCUCCAGGGCCCCUGCUCCGUGCUCCUGCUCUGGGGAAUCCUGGGGGCCAUCCAGGCCCAGCAGCAGGAGGUCAUCUCGCCAGACACCACCGAGAGAAACAACAACUGCCCAGAGAAGACCGACUGCCCCAUCCAUGUGUACUUCGUGCUGGACACCUCGGAGAGCGUCACCAUGCAGUCCCCCACGGACAUCCUGCUCUUCCACAUGAAGCAGUUCGUGCCGCAGUUCAUCAGCCAGCUGCAGAACGAGUUCUACCUGGACCAGGUGGCGCUGAGCUGGCGCUACGGCGGCCUGCACUUCUCUGACCAGGUGGAGGUGUUCAGCCCACCGGGCAGCGACCGGGCCUCCUUCAUCAAGAACCUGCAGGGCAUCAACUCCUUCCGCCGCGGCACCUUCACCGACUGCGCGCUGGCCAACAUGACGGAGCAGAUCCGGCAGGACCGCAGCAAGGGCACCGUCCACUUCGCCGUGGUCAUCACCGACGGCCACGUCACCGGCAGCCCCUGCGGGGGCAUCAAGCUGCAGGCCGAGCGGGCCCGCGAGGAGGGCAUCCGGCUCUUCGCCGUGGCCCCCAACCAGAACCUGAAGGAGCAGGGCCUGCGGGACAUCGCCAGCACGCCGCACGAGCUCUACCGCAACGACUACGCCACCAUGCUGCCCGACUCCACCGAGAUCGACCAGGACACCAUCAACCGCAUCAUCAAGGUCAUGAAACACGAAGCCUACGGAGAGUGCUACAAGGUGAGCUGCCUGGAAAUCCCUGGGCCCUCUGGCCCCAAGGGCUACCGUGGACAGAAGGGUGCCAAGGGCAACAUGGGUGAGCCGGGAGAGCCUGGCCAGAAGGGAAGACAGGGAGACCCGGGCAUCGAAGGCCCCAUUGGAUUUCCAGGACCCAAGGGCGUUCCUGGCUUCAAAGGAGAGAAGGGUGAAUUUGGAGCCGACGGUCGCAAGGGGGCCCCUGGCCUGGCUGGCAAGAACGGGACCGAUGGACAGAAGGGCAAGCUGGGGCGCAUCGGACCUCCUGGCUGCAAGGGAGACCCUGGAAACCGGGGCCCCGACGGUUACCCGGGGGAAGCAGGGAGUCCAGGGGAGCGAGGAGACCAAGGCGGCAAGGGGGACCCUGGCCGCCCAGGACGCAGAGGGCCCCCGGGAGAAAUCGGGGCCAAGGGAAGCAAGGGGUAUCAAGGCAACAAUGGAGCCCCAGGAGGUCCUGGUGUGAAAGGAGCCAAGGGCGGGCCUGGGCCCCGAGGACCCAAAGGCGAGCCGGGGCGCAGGGGAGACCCCGGCACCAAGGGCAGCCCAGGCAGCGAUGGCGCCAAGGGGGAGAAGGGGGACCCUGGCCCUGAGGGGCCCCGUGGCCUGGCUGGAGAGGUUGGCAACAAAGGAGCCAAGGGAGACCGAGGCUUGCCUGGACCCAGAGGCCCCCAGGGAGCUCUUGGGGAGCCCGGAAAGCAGGGAUCUCGGGGAGACCCCGGUGAUGCAGGACCCCGUGGAGACUCAGGACAGCCAGGCCCCAAGGGAGACCCCGGCAGGCCUGGAUUCAGCUACCCAGGACCCCGAGGAGCACCCGGAGAAAAAGGCGAGCCCGGCCCACGCGGCCCCGAGGGAGGCCGAGGCGACUUUGGCUUGAAAGGAGAACCUGGGAGGAAAGGAGAGAAAGGAGAGCCUGCGGAUCCUGGUCCCCCUGGUGAGCCAGGCCCUCGGGGGCCAAGAGGAGUCCCAGGACCCGAGGGUGAGCCCGGCCCCCCUGGAGACCCCGGCCUCACGGAGUGUGACGUCAUGACCUACGUGAGGGAGACCUGCGGGUGCUGCGACUGCGAGAAGCGCUGUGGCGCCCUGGACGUGGUCUUCGUCAUCGACAGCUCCGAGAGCAUCGGGUACACCAACUUCACGCUGGAGAAGAACUUCGUCAUCAACGUGGUCAACAGGCUGGGUGCCAUCGCUAAGGACCCCAAGUCCGAGACAGGGACGCGUGUGGGAGUGGUGCAGUACAGCCACGAGGGCACCUUUGAGGCCAUCCAGCUGGACGACGAACGUAUCGACUCCCUGUCGAGCUUCAAGGAGGCUGUCAAGAACCUCGAGUGGAUUGCGGGCGGCACCUGGACACCCUCGGCCCUCAAGUUUGCCUACGACCGCCUCAUCAAGGAGAGCCGGCGCCAGAAGACACGCGUGUUUGCGGUGGUCAUCACGGACGGGCGCCACGACCCUCGGGACGACGACCUCAACCUGCGGGCCCUGUGUGACCGCGACGUCACAGUGACGGCCAUCGGCAUCGGGGACAUGUUCCACGAGAAGCACGAGAGCGAGAACCUCUACUCCAUCGCCUGCGACAAGCCGCAGCAGGUGCGCAACAUGACGCUGUUCUCCGACCUGGUCGCCGAGAAGUUCAUCGAUGACAUGGAGGACGUCCUCUGCCCCGACCCUCAGAUCGUGUGCCCAGACCUUCCCUGCCAAACAGAUGCACCGUGGCCUGGCGGCGAGCCCCCGGUCACCUUCCUCCGCACGGAAGAGGGGCCGGACGCCACCUUCCCCAGGACCAUCCCCCUGAUCCAACAGUUGCUAAACGCCACGGAGCUCACGCAGGACCCGGCCGCCUACUCCCAGCUGGUGGCCGUGCUGGUCUACACCGCCGAGCGGGCCAAGUUCGCCACCGGGGUAGAGCGGCAGGACUGGAUGGAGCUGUUCAUUGACACCUUUAAGCUGGUGCACAGGGACAUCGUGGGGGACCCCGAGACCGCGCUGGCCCUCUGCUAAAGCUCGGCCGCCCGCCCAGCCAGGCUCUCCCUGCCACACUAGCUUCCCAGGGCUGCCCCCCACAGGCUGGCUCUCAGUGGAGGCCAGAGAUCUGGAAUCGGGGUCAGCGGGGCUACAGUCCUUCCAGGGGCUCUGGGGCAGCUCCCGGCCUCUUCCCACGCUGGUGGCCACCGUGUCCCUUGCUGCGGCUGCAUCUUCCAGUCUCUCCUCCGUCUUCCUGUGGCCGCUCUCUUUAUAAGAACACCAGUCAUUGAAUUUAAGGCCCACCCCAAGUCCAGAAUGACCUCGCAAGACCCUUAACUCACUCCCGUCUGCAGAGUCCUUCUUUGCCGCAUCAGGUCACCCUUGCAGGCUCCAGGGUUUGGGCGUGGAAGUCUUUGGAGGCCCUUACUUAGCGGCCCAGCUGGGCUGCCGUGCGUCUGGGAUGGGGCUGAGGGAGGGUGCUGCCCAGGUGCUGGAGAAUGUUCCAGCACCAGGUUCCAGUGGAGCCUCAGAAACAGGCCCCAGAGGCUGGUGAGCCUCGCUGGGUGUGGGCACUAAUCCCAUCCAUGGUGACUUGGGGGCGCUCACGGCCCACCUGGUGGCAGGUGAAGGCUUCGGGUUGGGCAGCAGAUAGUCCUGAGGGAAGCUGGCAGUCCUGGCACCAUGACGUAUCUGGGCUGGUGUCAUGCACAGUAGGGCGAAUGGCCACGCCUGCCUGCCAGCAGCCCCAAGCCCGGGGUGUCUGCACCCUUCCACCCCAACCUCUGGGUCCCCAAAAGCACAGUCGAGGGAGCAUCCACCAGGUACAACCUCUGCGGUCCUCGGAGGACUGAGCAGAGAACCCCAGGGGCCACAAUGUUGGGGAGCGGCAGGGAUCACCAUCCAAAGGGCACAGCCCCACAGCGAGCUGACCCCGACGUUCCAACUGCAGGAGCCCUCAUCCAGGCUGGGCUCUUGCCGGGCAGGGCUGUGACCAUUUCUCAUGGCCAGGUUCUCGUCCCCACACCCACUGCACAGGGCAGGCCAGGCUGGGCUUCCCACUGUGGGGAUGAAGGAUCCUCCACAGAAGGAGGAGAGCAGAGUCCACAGACAUCCCGACACCCUCAGCCUCCCUGUGCCUGGACGGCCCACACAGCUUCCCCGUCUCCACCAGGCCCCACAGACACUGAUGGAGAGAGACCCCCCAAAACCAGCCGCCCCGUGCAUGUCUGUCUCCGUGUGUGUGGUGACAGCAGUGAAAAUGUUAUUAGUUUUGAGGGGGUUUGGGAAGCCCAGCAGUACCUGAGGAGUUUCUGGACAUUUAAGCCGGUUCCCAGGUGUGGCCUUAACAGGGAGGCUGCCCUUCCUUUCACUGAAUAAGCUGCGUCACUCAUAAGCUCACUGAGGGAACCCCAUCUGCCAGCUCGUGCGUGCUCAGACAAGGUCUGUCUCAAGCCUUCUGUGAAGGCUGCAGUGGAGCCUGAGGUCACCCUGCUGUGUUCAGAGCUUUGCUCACUACCUGUGGGGCUGCACCGUUGCACUUCCAGGGACCCCGGAAACCGAGUUUCGGGUCAGGGUCCUCUGUGUGCAUUCCUGGGGGUCCAUGUACCAGCUGUGACGACGUCCAGGGGUUGGGCUGAGAAGCAGACACCCUUGGGGAAACUGGCUCUGUCCCUCCCCCCCCAUCCCAGGAGCUGAGGUCCUGGUGAGGACACAGGGCCAGGUCCACGCAAGGACUGUCCGUGUCCUGUCCUGUGGUCUCUGGCCCCACGUGACACCCACACGUGUGGUGGGCGGCCUGGCCUGGGUUGUGGCUAUGGCCAGGCCCCCAAGCUGUCCCCAGUGCCCAGGGCUGGUGACCACCCAGGCAGGUGGGGGCCCCGCUUGGUAACAGAGUCAUAGGGCAGAGCCCACCUGGGCUGCCACAGAAGGUCUGGCUGCCCCUGUGCCCACUGCUCCCCACCAUGGCCAAUCAGAAGAGUCAGGUGCUCCCGGUCUUUCCGGGAGGGACGUGGCCCAACCAGCGCUAGGUGUUCUGAGCAGCUCUGGGACCCAGCAAGUGAGGGGUCAGGCUGGGGGGUGUCAGAGCCAGGGUCCUCCUUAAGUCCCUCCCACACCACACAGACAGUGGCCCUUUUGUGGGCAGCAAAUUCUUGAGCCAUGAAAGGAUGCUUUGGGCCCCUUCCCUCCCAGGAGGGCAGCCUGUGCAGGGAUGGCGCUCAGCAGGUGGACAGGGCCUGGGGCCUGAAUCAGGGUCUCAGGCCUGGGAGCACCAGCAGAGGAGAUGGCGGCUCCCAGGAGUACCGCCUCAGAGAGGCUUGGGCUGAGGACACACACCCAGGGCUGCCCUGCAGAAACGCCCCCGCAGAGCCCAGUGGUCUGUGGGGUUGCAGGCAGGGUGCGAAUGGAAGGGCAUAGGUGCAGGGCUGGGGCCCGCCCGGUCCUGCCAACCUCCCCUCCGCCCAGCCCGCACCUGCGUCUCCCCACAGAGCUGUCCGUGGCACAGUGCACGCAGCGGCCCGUGGACAUCGUCUUCCUGCUGGACGGCUCCGAGCGGCUGGGUGAGCAGAACUUCCACAAGGCCCGGCGCUUCGUGGAGCAGGUGGCGCGGCGGCUGACACUGGCCCGGAGGGACGACGACCCUCUCAACGCACGGGUGGCGCUGCUGCAGUUUGGUGGCCCCGGCGAGCAGCAGGUGGCCUUCCCGCUGAGCCACAACCUCACGGCCAUCCACGAGGCGCUGGAGACCACGCAAUACCUGAACUCCUUCUCGCACGUGGGCGCAGGAGUGGUGCACGCCAUCAAUGCCAUCGUACGCAGCCCGCGUGGCGGGGCCCGGAGGCACGCAGAGCUGUCCUUCGUGUUCCUCACGGACGGCGUCACGGGCAACGACAGUCUGCACGAGUCGGCGCACUCCAUGCGCAAGCAGAACGUGGUACCCACCGUGCUGGCCUUGGGCAGCGACGUGGACAUGGACGUGCUCACCACUCUCAGCCUGGGCGACCGCGCCGCCGUGUUCCGCGAGAAGGACUACGACAGCCUGGCGCAACCCGGCUUCUUCGACCGCUUCAUCCGCUGGAUCUGCUAGCGCCGCCGCCCGGGCCCCGCAGUCAAGGGUCGUGAGCCCACCCCGUCCAUGGUGCUAAGCGGGCCCGGGUCCCACAUGGCCAGCACCGCUGCUCACUCGGAGGACGCCCUGGGCCCGCGCCUCUCCAGCUCCUCCCAUGGGGUCCCCGUAGCCCCAGCCCCCGCCCAGCCCCAGGUCUCCCCAGGCCCUCCGCAGGCUGCCCGGCCUCCCUCCCCCUGCAGCCAUCCCAAGGCUCCUGACCUACCUGGCCCGAGCUCCGGAGCAAGCCCUGACCCAAUAAAGGCUUUGAACCCAC